AUGGACUUGAAAAGAAAGUUGGAAAAAGAAGGUGCUUUUGAAUUUGGUAGUUUGUCUAAUAAUGUCAUAUUAGUUGGCCACUCUAUGGGUGAUUUUGUUGCUAGAGCUACAGUUGUGUACCCUAAUUUGAUAAAGUCAUCAGUUAAAAUUGUUCUCACUUUAUCAACUCCACAUCAAUACGUUCUUUUCUUCUCGUUCUCGUGUUGUCCGCUCCUCGUUCUUCUCUUCUCUCUGUCGUUCAUCGAUCUCCAAAGCAGUCGACGAUCUUCCUCCAAAGCCGUCGGCGAUCUUCCUCCAAGCCGACGAUCUUCUCUGUCGGCGUCUCCUUUCUCCCUCUCCGACCAGAUAAUGGACAAAAACCUCACCACUAUUGUUGAUUGUGAAACAUCUUUAAAGAUGAAAAAACCAAAAUUUAGGGCACAACAAGAAUCCUACAAUCUCAUACAAGGUGAUACUAGUAGUGAAGUUUACGAAGAAGGUCCAAGUACACGUCGCACGAGUGAUGAUGAUUUAUAUAUGGCAGUGAUACGAGAUAUUAUUGCACAAGAUAUAAUCACAUUGCGAAGAUGA